AUGGCUGCCAAUUCAAACUCGAUCAAACUAGUCACAGGAAACUCCCACAGACAACUUUCAGACUUAAUAGCUGCCCGUUUGGGUAUUUCUGUGGCAAAGGUCGGUGCUUUUCAAUACAGUAACCGUGAAACCUCUGUGGCUGUUGGAGAAUCUGUCCGUGACGAAGAUGUCUACAUCAUGCAGACGGGCGUGGGCGAAGACAACAUCAACGAUGUCCUAAUGGAGCUCCUUCUUCUCAUAAAUGCUGUUAGAAGAGGAGGUGCCCGUCGAAUCACCGCAGUGAUUCCAAACUUUCCAUAUGCGAGACAGGACAAGAAAGACAAGUCAAGAGCUCCCAUCACAGCCAAGUUGAUCGCCAACUUGUUGCAGACAGCCGGUGCUAAUCACAUCAUCACUAUGGAUUUGCAUGCGUCGCAAAUCCAGGGUUUUUUCCGUGUCCCUGUUGAUAACUUGUACGCUGAACCAACGGUGUUGAGAUAUAUCACUGACAACUACCUAGGAGAGCUGAUGACUAUAGUGUCGCCAGACGCUGGAGGAGCUAAAAGAGUGGCAUACAUCGCAGAUAAGUUGGACGUGCAAUUUGCCUUAAUUCACAAGGAAAGACAAAAGGCCAACGAGGUCUCCAAGAUGGUUUUGGUUGGAGAUGUUGCCAACAAGGUCUGCUUGCUCAUUGACGAUAUUGCGGACACAUGUGGAACACUCUGCAAAGCUGCAGACGUUUUGUUAGAAAACGGUGCUCAGAAGGUGGUUGCCAUUGUUACUCAUGGUAUCUUCUCCGCAAAUGCCAUCGACAAGUUGAACCUGUCGAAACUCGAUAAGAUCGUGUGCACAAACACCUUGCCAUUGCAGGACAAGUUGGAGCGGUGUCCUAAGUUGGAGUUGCUCGAUGUUAGCGGCACAUUGGCCGAGGCCAUUCGUCGGUUGCAUAACGGAGAGAGUGUGUCGUACUUGUUCAACAAUGCUCCGGAAUAA